UGCAGAAGCGGUUAGGCUUCUUACUCAGAAGCGGAGCGGGUGAGGUGGUUGCGAUUCUUGCUCAGGACUUGUGGAAAUGCGCAUGUACAGGGCCAUUAGAGCCUAGACAUUGGAUAAAAGAGGUUGCUUGGCGUUCAUUGAAAGUCAGAGAGGUCAAAGGGGCCUGAGAUUCUGCCCGGUGAGGACCGGAAACCGGACGGUCGGAGGAGUCACAGGGCUGCCAUGCCAGGCAUCUUUGGCAGCUCAGUGCCCAAGCUCCACAAGGCUGCCCGCAAGGGCGACAAGGCCAAGGUGGAGCGUCUCCUCCAGAAAUGGAACACGGUUUACAGAGACAGCAAGCAAAGGACUGCUCUGCAUUAUGCCAGUGCCUAUGGCCAUCCAGAAGUGGUGAGACUCCUGAUACAGAAAAAGUUUGACCUUAAUGCCUGGGACAGUGACCAUGACACCGCUCUGAUUAAGGCUGUAAAAUGCUACGAGGAAGACUGUGUUAGUAUUCUCUUGGAACAUGGUGCAAAUCCAAAUAUUGCCAAUACCAAGGGCGACACUGCUCUGCAUUAUGCAGUUUACAGUUCAAAGUCUUCACUAACAGCAAAACUGCUUUCGCAUGGUGCCGAUGCUGAGGCAAAAAACAAGGAAGGCCUCACACCACUUAUGCUUGCUCUAAGGGAAAACAGAAUGGAAGCGGCAGCAUUGUUAAAAAAGACAGAAACAAAGAAUGUGGUGAAUGAGCCGGAAAGCUCUUGCAGCAAACCCAGUCCUGUUAAUUACCAGGCUACAUCAGGUGACACUGCUUUCCCUCUGGAUAACAAGAAACAAGCAGAAAUGUCAAAAGUUACAGUGCGGAAAAAGGAUACGGUGUUUGCACCAGGAGUACAGAAAGCUGGUGAAUUGCCUUGGGAUUCUGAGAAGCCUGUCGAUCCUUUUUCUGGGAAAGCAGAUGAUGGAGGAAAACAGGCAGGAAAUAGAAAAAGAAAAGGUAAGAAAUAUGUAUAAAUGUGUGAUAUUUUAAGAAAGUCAUUUGACAGCAUGUUUAUUUCACAGUGGAGCAUGGCUGAGUUCUGAAUCCCCCAAAACUACUUAUUAAUGACAAAGUAAGAAAAAAGAGAAGUAACACAGCAAUAAGUUUCAUGUACCCUGACGUAUCAGCCACAGGCAAAUUUGAGAGUCACUGAAGGAGCCGCCUUCUUAGCUCC